GCUUCACCCUGUUAACGAGUGGUAGCCAGGGGACCAAGACCGAAAUUGACCCAUUAUGCUGUUUACGUCCUGCAUCUAUGUCUUAUCGAUGAGUCUACCUUUAAUUUACAAUUUGGAGCACCUGGGGCCAAUAGCUCUGGCAUGUUACACUAUGAAGCAAACAAAAUACUUUCUUAAAGUUUAGGACAACAUAUAAAGUGCAUGCACGUGUAUACAUCCGACAUUAUGGUGUUGCAUUCGUAAUUUGGGUUUAAUAGUAUUAUUAUAGAUGACUGAUUGUCAUAAACACAUGACGUUUUAGACUGAGUGGUUAUUUUUUUGUCUUCUGAAACGUUUUCGUAAUUUAUCGUUUCGCAUUCGGCUUUUUCCGUGUGUGGUGGACAUAGUCCCCGCCCAACUUUCUGCCUGCGUUGUUUGGGGACACUAUGAAGAUGGCGGCAGCCUCGCUGUAUUGUGUCUGCCAGCAGUCGUAUGAUGUUAGCCGGUUUAUGAUUGAAUGCGACAUUUGUAAGGACUGGUUUCAUGGCAGCUGUGUCCAAGUGGAAGAGCACCAUGCCGUCGACAUCGAUGUUUAUCAUUGUCCCAACUGUGAUGUCCAACACGGACCCUGCUUGAUGAAAAAGCGUAUCAACUGGCACCGGCACGACUACACAGAGCCUGACGAUGGCAGCAGGCUGGUGCAGGCGGGGACCUCUGUGUUUGUACGAGAGCUGCAGAACAGGCCCUUUCCCAGUGCGGCUGAGAUCCUGGUGCAGAUGCAGGGACAUCAGGUAACACAGAAGUACCUGGAGAAGCAGGGCUUCAACUACCCCAUCGCCGUUCCCCAACUAGGCGGACUGGGUCUCAAGCUGCCCCCCUCCAGCUUCUCUGUCAGGGAUGUGGAGGAGUAUGUUGGUGGUGACAAAAUCGUGGAUGUCAUUGAUGUUGCCAGACAGGCAGACAGCAAAAUGAAGCUUCGAGAGUUUGUCAAGUAUUACUACAAACCUCAUAGGCCAAAGGUGCUGAACGUGAUCAGUCUGGAGUUUUCAGACACCAAGAUGGCAGAGCUGGUGGUGGUGCCUGAUAUCGCUCAGAAUAUGUCCUGGGUGGAGAACUACUGGCCAGAGGACUCCUUCUUCCCCAAGCCCUUUGUUCAGAAGUACUGCCUGAUGGGGGUGAAGGACAGCUACACAGACUUCCACAUAGACUUCGGAGGCACAUCUGUGUGGUACCAUGUACUCUGGGGAGAGAAGAUUUUCUACUUGAUCAAACCGACACAGGAUAAUCUUACACUAUACGAGGUGUGGAGUUCGUCCCCCAACCAGAGCGAGGUGUUCUUCGGGGACAAGGUGGACCAGUGCUACAAGUGUGUGGUGCCGCAGGGAACCACCGUCCUCAUCCCCACAGCGCCGAAGGGCCUGAGUGAACCACUUUGUCACCGUGGACACCAGAACCACAUGCCAUCUUCCUUCCGUCAACUGUGGUUCACAGAACUUCCUCACGUCAUAUGGUCCUCACCACAUCAUAUGGCAAGUCAAAUAGGAUGGAUCCAUGCUGUUCUCACCUCUCAGGAUUGCAUGGCGUUCGGUGGGAACUUUCUCCACAACCUCAACAUAGGCAUGCAGCUCAGGUGUUAUGAAAUGGAGUGGCGGUUAAAGACUCCGGACCUCUUCAAAUUCCCUUACUUUGAGGCAAUCUGCUGGUAUGUGGCCAAUAAUCUACUGGAGACUCUAAAAGAGUUACGAGAGGAUAACUGCCAGCCCCCAGUCUACCUAACAGAUGGAGUGAAAGCCUUGAUUAAUGCACUGAAAAACUGGCUGAAACGAGAGGUCACAGAGCAGGCCAGCGAUGUCCCGGACCAUAUCAGACCCAACCAUCUGAUUAAAGAACUCACAAAGGAAAUCCGCUACCUGGAGGAGGAGGAGGAGGAGGAGGAGCAGCAGAGUGGAGGUAGCAAGCCAGUGAAAUCUCAGGGAUGUGGACCAUGCCCACUGACGCGGUCGACUCUUGACAAGGCUGGACAUCAUGCUCGCAGGACAGCCAGACGGCUACGGCACCACCACCACCAUCACCAUGCGCCCAAGACCCCCUCCAACCUGGAGAUCCUGGAGCUGCACACGCGACAAGUGCUCAAGAGGCUGGAGGUGGGACCCUUUGAGGAGGAUGUUCCAUUCAGCUCCACGGUGAUGGCCAAGUUCAACAAGACGUCCAUGGCGUCUGCUGCAGCGGUGGAGAGGAGCCUGGACAACAACCUCCUUCUGGUGAUGUGCAAUGGCAGGAUUAUUAGAGAUGAGCGUCGUCAUAUAAGUGUGAAGAGUAGUCCGGUGCGGGACGGUAAAAGGACUGGCGACCACCAGAGGGAAGGGGUCCUGGUGAAGACCGAGCUCAAUGACAGCAAGCUGGAACAGCACCAAGACCACGAGAGAGAGGAGAAACCCAGCCCCCUCAGCAGUGAGUCUAACUGGUCAAGUCACCAGCUGUCAAUCAACUGUUUAGACUAUUUCGAAAGAGUGAAUUCCGAUCUCAGGAAAGGAGCCGUAGUGUACUCCGACAUUUCAGACUCUGAGUCCGAAGAACGUUGCUCUUUGCAGACAAAGGACUCCUCGGGGGAAGAUUCGGGGAGCUCCGAGGAGGAAAGGGAGGAUAAGGAGCAUUGCAGGAUGGCGCGAGGCAGUGUGAAGGACCUACACCAGGCCAGCCAGGCCCUUCACCACUUUCACGAACUACUCAAAGGACAACGCCCUACCUCUCCAACCACAGAAGAGGAGGCUGUUGAGGGCAUGCUGUCCAUGGCAGGGCUGCUUUAUCCUCAGCGACCAGAGGAGAGCGGCACUGCCCAGGAGCCCUGGUGGUCCAGCCUGGCUCAUCAGUCCCCCGACAGUGGUGGAAAAGAGCCUGUAUCAGGGGAUGAUUCAGACAGCAACUCCACACUGACCCGUCAGGAUGAGCGGAGGGCACAGCAGCAUGUGCGUAAGGAGUGUCGAGCCGAGCUUAGCCAGAGGAUCCAGGAGAACAAGAACUUCAUGGCCAAUCAGAGCAGUGGGAGUAACAGUAACAGCAGCGAGGCCUGGGGUGACCAAAGCCCCUCUCAGGCUGCCUCUAGCCCCCUCCGCCUGGACCCCAGCUCAGGGACUGACAACCAGUACAGUGAGACUUCCCUGUCACCCCCCCGGCACCCCUCCAAGAGGCCCGCACCAAACACCCCACCCAUCAGUAAUCAAGCUACUAAAGGAAAACAUCCUAAGGCCACCGCUAAGCAGAGACUAAGGAAGAUUCUCAAGCUGAGCAGGAACAACCACUUCUUGCUAUAGCACCCAAGACCCUGAUGUCUACAGAAAUAACUUUGAGAAGGGACAACUCGCCCCCCUGACCAUAUACUCUUUCGGUUGUGACUCACAUUUUACAAGAAUCAUUGCUUGGAUGGAUUGACCUGACACAUUAAUGGCCACAUGCUUGAUGUGGAAGUAUUGGAUGGAGGGCUUUCAGAGUUAAUCAGUUAACCUGAGUUAAUUUUAGUGCGCUCAUUUUAUUACAUUUUUUUGUGUGAUUAAUCGCAUUGUCUGAAAGCGUUCAAAAUAAACUGAAACAUACAAAAUACAUAAUCUAUACAGAUAAAAACAACGAUGCAAUGUCCAAACAAGUUGACAUUUAGGUUAAAGAAAGUGUGCUUUAUCAAUUUACCUGAUUUGGCUAACCGUUACUUUGGACAAAUUCAAGACUUCAAUAUUCUUGUAAUGCUUUUCAUGUAAAAAAAUAUAAAAUUACAGCUCAAUUUGAGCAUAUUCUGAAUUUGCGAUUUUAAUCAUGAUUAAUCACAGUAAAUCCUGGAAUUAACUCAAUUUAUUUUAUCGUUUGACAGCCCUAUAAUUGGAUAACAAGAUAAUUGAUUUACAGAAGAAAGCACACAGUUUCCCAUGGUGAAGUGAUGGUGCGCUGUAAAAAGAAAAAAGAAACUGCAUGGAUCCUCAGCAAUGACAUUUGAUUGUAUAUGAUCUGGCCAUCGAGCUAUACAGUAAAUAUGGCUUUGUUUCAGAAUUGAAGCACCGCAACAACACAAGAUUGUACAAAGACGCAUGACAUUGGGAAUUUAAAUGGCGUUUGAUAGAACAACAUUUGCAUCUGAGCCACGUGCUGUCGUAUCUAUUUUGGCUGUUGCUUUUUACUUUAUGCUUGCACUAGCCCUUCCAACCAACACUAGUUAUUAUGCCACAACAAGCAAAUGUUGUUGUUUAAGCCAAGAAUUUAAGCCCAUUUUUUUCUACUGUGUUAUUGACUUGCUAAAUUGUUUACUCCAUGUGUAACUCUGUGUUGUCUGUUCACACUGCUAUGCUUUAUCUUGGCCAGGUCGCAGUUGCAAAUGAGAACUUGUUCUCAACUAGCCUACCUGGUUAAAUAAAGGUGAAAUAAAAAAAAUAAAAAUAAAAAUAAAAAAAAAGAAUGGCAAGUGAAGAGGCUGCUUUCUGCUUACCAGAGUUUAUCACCACUCUUUGGGACAUUGUCAUGUGUUGGUUUGGUCUGACUUGAGAUCAAGAAUGACGCUAUGGUGUUUGAACUCAUUUUAAAUGGUGCUGAAGUGCAUAUUCAUGUUAUCCUUUUGUCUACCCUCUUGUUACAAUCACCAGUGAUUGAAUUUGAGAGGGGGGUAUAUUUUGAUGCAGCACUCCAGGCACCUCAGCCUCGCAGUAUGUAAAAGCUAUCUGUCGCUAAUGCAUUAAGCCAUUCCAAGAAUACCUCUCCCAACGCAUUAAGUUUACUAGUUCUGUUUACUGAAGGGGUUAUGACUCCUCAUUGCUCUAUAGUUGGAUCACUGACCAUAUCAAAUGUGUUCCUUUGGUGCCACCUAUUGGUCAAAUGAGGGCAGGACCUUGAAAGUGCUGUUAUUAUGAAAGGCUUUUGAAAUUGCAAAAAUAUAUAAAGUUGCAAAUGUACAGAAUGUAUUUACAGAAAAUAUAUGUUAUUGUUAAUUUAUUUAACUUUCUCUUUUGGUGUUUGUGUUUUAUUGUUUUUCUUUUGCUGGUAUUGAAUUAUGUAUUGUGAAAAAAGUUAAUGGCUUUGAUAUGACAAUCUUGUUACAAUGGUUGAUGUAACGGGUGUGUGAUUUAUUUUUUAUAUAUUCGCAAACCGGUUGUAUUUGUUGCCUCUAUCACAUUUGUAUUGGGUGGAUUUAAGCCAAAAUCUACUAACAAGUGGACCUAAAUUAGAUUUUAAAUGUUUGGGAGAUCUUCUAGGUCGGCAAAGAUUGAUAUUAUCAAAGAAUAUUUGUCUUACUCGUUAGUAUGAAUUUGAUUUUUUUAUAUAAAUGUGUCUUAAGUGAAACUGAUCAUUUUAUAAUUGUACAAAGUGUAAUUAUGGCUACUAAUCUAGUUAAUGUAUGUUUAUUUUCCCUAUCACUAUAUCCUUGGCUUGAAAGACCUCAGUUGGAAUUGGUCUUUUUUUGUUGGUGAUAAUGCCAAAAAUGAAUGGGUGAAGUGAGAGAUUGCUCCUGUUGGUGUCUUUCUCAGGGACACAUUCUCUUUCUUAAAUGUUUUUUUUUUCAUAAGCAACAUGAAAUGACCCAUCAUCGUUGACACUUUCUGAUCAUUGAUUUUAUUUACAUUAAAAAAAAAGGUGCAUUGGUA